AUGUUCUCUGAAAUUCAACAUCCAUCAGAAAAUAAAUCUCAAAAUUCUAAAUUAACUUAUACAUAUCCAUAUGGAACUAUUUCAAGUCCAAAUUAUCCACAAAAUUAUCCAAAUAAUAUUAUAUGUCGUUGGCAUUUGUAUCAUCAACAUGCGUUUAUACGUUUAUAUAUUAAUGAUUUUCAUACUGAGUUACAUUAUGAUACAUUAACAUUAUAUCUUGGUCAAAAUUUAAAUAAUCGUGCAAUGAUUUUGCAUGAAUUUUCAGGUUAUGAUAUUGAUAAUAAACAUUUAUUUAUUCGAAACGAUGAUUUAUUUCUUAUAUUCAAUACUGAUAAAUCAUAUAAUGCAUCUGGUUUUUCUCUUGAGUAUCAAAUUAUGGAAAAAGGUAAAAUAUAUCAUUUUUUCUCUGUAUUAAAAUUUUACUUUAGUGAAAUACAAUUUAAAAGAAGUAUUGAAAAGUAAACUGACAGAUGAGCUUUCUGACACUUGAGCCUGACAUAACGCAUGGUUCAAAGAAAUACAAGAAAAUAAGUUUUAUUUAAAUAAGUCCACAUUCAUAUCCAAAAUUGAAUAGAACUGUUGCUCAUUUAAAGUAUAAAUCUCUUUUUUCAAAUGAAAAAUCGAAAUUAGUUAUUCUAAGUUUUCAACAAGAAGUUCAUAUCUAACACGUUCCUUUCUUUUUUUUUACAAGUUCGGCUUGCAAUUGUUCAGCCAGUAUAAAAUUCGGGUGUUGUUACUUUUUCAAAUCUUUGAUAGAUUCAUAAAUUGAUGGACUAUUGUAUCCAAGAAAAUAGAUUAGAAAUUAACAUUGCUUUAAUAGCUCGAAACCAAUCUUCAGAAGGGUAUAUCAGUUAAUGUGAGUCAAGAGAAGAUGUACUAGCCAAACUUACAACUAAAGAAGCUUGUUAAAUAUGAACUCCUUGAUGAAAAAUUAUAACAACUAAUUUCGAAUUUUCAUUUGAUAACAAGAGACUUAUACAUUAGACGAGCAAGAGUUCUGUUCAAGUUUGGAUCUAAAUAUGAACUUAUUCAAAUAAAACUAUUUUCUUGUAUUUUAAUUUGUUUCUUAUGAAACGUGGCUCAAGUAUCGAGAGAUCAUCGAUUGUGUCACUAUGUUAGAGUAUAGGAAUCGCAAUUUGCUCUCUCCUCUUCCCCCAUAGACCUCACAGACAUAGCUAUAGGAAUGUCGCAGACGUCGUUGAUAUACAGCAUGAUUAUAGACGCUAUAUGACCUAGUGGUGCACUAAUUUCAGUCUCAAACUGAUCAACUACUACUUAUUUAGUUGCUUCAACAAUAUUUGAUUUGUUUCCAAGUCAGUUUAAUUACAUCAACUUAAUGCUAUAAAAAUACUGAAAAGCAUCGAGAAUCUUUUUGUCCCUGUACUGGUUUCGCACAGGUGCAUGCCUAAAUGACUAAGUAGUAGCUAUCAUAUAGAACAUACUAUUCUCUACAUAGGGGAUGAGAAUUUACCAUUACUAAGUAACGGAAAUUUCGUGUACUUGAGUUUUUCACUAAAGAAAGGCUUUUUUUUUUGAAAAAGUAACAAUUUUUUAUAUAAAGUUUGAUUAAAGGCCUUUGGAGUAGAAAUAAUUUGACCGAGAAAUCAAGUACAUAAUUUUGAAAAAGCAAUUGCAGCUUCAUAUUCCUCGAUUCUAAACAUCUUUGCUCAAACUUUAUAAAAAUUUAUUACAUUCUCAAAAAAACCCUUUCUUUAGUGAAAAACUCAAGUAUACGAAAUUUCCGUUACUUAGUAAUGGUAACUUCUCAUCCCCUAUGUAGAGAAUAGUAUGUUCUAUAUGAUAGCUACUACUUAGUCAUUUAGGCAUGCACCUGUGCGAAACCAGUACACGGACAAAAAGAUUCUCGAUGCUUUUCAGUAUUUUUAUAGCAUUCAGCUAAUGUAAUUAACCCUUUCAGUCCCAUAGUAGCAAAAAGGCUACACAUGUUUUAUAAUUCUUUUUCAUAACAACAAUUAAUAAAAAUUGGUACUUAGUAUAUUAGAAUAAAAUAAUAGAGAAUGCUCUAAGAUCCUCCUAAACAAUCUGUCAAUGAGACAUAUAGUUAUUCAUUGGGAAAGUUAUGGGAUGUUCUCAAACAUUUUUUUUUAAAGUAUUGAAGACGGCGUUUCGGAUUAAUCCAGAUCUCCAAAAAUUAGUAUGCAACCUGAGCGGAGUACCGAAUUCUUUUCUAAUUUGCUACUAUAAUACACGUUGUCUCUGUAACAGAAGUAAAUGGAUUAUGAUAAAGAAAUUCAUACAAGGGAGUCAUCUUUUGAUGAUAAAAAUGAUUCUUAGGACGAAAACGAAGGUGACUUUGAAAUAGAUGAAAAAGACGACACUGUCGAAAUCGAAAGGGAAGCAGUUGAAUUCCUUUCUUUUAUCUCAACGUCAUUAACUAAUGACUAAAGUUGACGGAAAAGAAGAAGCAAACCUAUCCGCUUUUCUACGAGAAAGGAAAAAGAAAUCCAACAAACGUUGUGGAACAAAUCUUCAUCAGCUCAAUUAUCAGCACAUAUGAG